ACGUGUUUGUGGUCAUUUAAAAGUUUGUCGAUAAUGUAAAUAUGGAGAAUGAAUUGAAGCUUUUCUUUUACGUGAAUAAAUAUAUUUCCGGCUUCUGAAAGAAAAGGAGAGGAGGUAACAACUUCGAACUAUGUCACAUCAAACAGGAAUAAAGGCUAGUGAUAAUUUGAAAACAUUUUUUUCAACCUGCAAAGAUGGAGCUAUCAGAUUGUUAAAAGUUUCCAUUAUUGAUGAACAGUUGGAGUUAGAAAAAAGUGAACCACCACUUAACACUUGGGAAGAUGAUUAUGACAAACUUUUAGUCCCAAUGUUAGAAGACAAACAGCCAUGCUAUAUCCUGUAUAGACUGGACUCCAAAAACAAUCUGGGAUAUCAGUGGAUCUUCAUCUCUUGGUCACCAGACUUCUCACCGGUUCGUCAGAAGAUGUUGUAUGCAGCAACUCGAGCUACGUUAAAGAUGGAAUUUGGUGGUGGAUCAAUCAAAGAUGAAGUGUUUGGCACAACAAAGGAAGACGUGACAUUGGCUGGCUAUAGGAAGCACCUGGUGGCUGACAGUGCACCAGCACCUUUGACUUUUGCUGAAGAAGAAGUGAAAAUGAUCAAAGAGAAUGAUGUCAAUGCAGUGGGGGUGGAUGAAAAGCAUCAGCACAUGACUGGCGUAUCUUUCCCUGUCUCUGACGAUGCCUUGCGGAAGUUGGGGGAUCUAAGGGAUGGAAAAAUCACAUAUGUUCAACUAAGUCUAGAUAUAGCAUCAGAAAAGAUCAACCUUGAAGUGGCAGACAACACGGACAUCAAGUCUCUAGCAUCGCGAGUCCCAGAAGAGAGUGCAAGAUAUCACGUCUUCACAUUCAAACACACACACGAAGGAGACUACACAGAGAGUAGAGUGUUUAUUUACUCUAUGCCUGGUUAUAAGUGUUCUAUCAAGGAGAGAAUGCUUUACUCCAGCUGUAAGUCUCCACUGAUUUCCAGGAUCGAGGCCCUGGGGAUAGAAAUCAACAAGAGGAUGGAAGUUGACGAUCCAAAAGAGCUCUCAGAAGAAAAUGUUUACGAUGAGAUUCACCCAAAGAAGAACGUUGCCACAAAGAAAUUCGACAAACCCAGAGGUCCCGCAGGCAGAGGCCCAAGACGCAUGGCCAAGACGUGAACAAAAACCGUGUAGAUGUUGACAUUGUCUUCUGGUGCUACUUUUGAUCAUUGGGUUGAUGCUGUUGAUCAGUAGUUGACUGUAGUGUACUCCGUAGAAUAUUAAAAAAUGAAUAUUCAUAUGAUAUGAUGAAACUGAAUAGAAUAGGGCGUAUUUGUGUUAUAUCACCUAAGAUUAAAUGAUAUUUAUUUUGGAGUUUUGCUUUAAUAGACUGUUGAUAGAGAGAACAGUUUCAAACUUGAGUAUUCAUUUUUCCAGAGUGUUUUUUUUUUCCUUUUUGCUAUUGAUUAGUAUGGACAUACAUACUGCAUUCUUCAUCUGGAACUCGUAAUAAUGCUUUGGGGGGGAGGACAGUUCUGCCAGGGGCCUGUGUAUGAUAACAGCUUUCCUCAUCAAACUUCAAAAUUUUAAAACUUUAAAUCUCUAUUAUUAAAUAAGACAGAUUAUGUUCAGUUUGGUUUCACAUUAUUUGUCUUUGAUACUUACAAUCAUUUAAAGUACCUAGCAUCAAAAGUGGCACAAUGUCUCAAUUUUUCCAAAUAUUUUAGAAAAACAUUUUUCUUUCAGGAAACUUAGAGCACAGCUCUGGACAAGCAAUAUUUUAUUAUCAUUUGUUGUAUAAAUAUUAAGACUGUCCAAGUCUGCUUGCUUAUUUUUAGAGGAAAACUGUGAAAUAUAGCCAAUUUAUGUCAAAAUUUAUGAAAUUUAUACAUGUAGUUACAAUCCCAUGUCAUUUUGAUCAAAUUUAGAAUAACAACUAAGUUCCCUUGAGAUUCUUGUACAAAAUAUACAUACAUGUGUAACUACGAAACAAAACAAAAGCACAAGUUUCUAAUUUGUUGGGCAAUUAUAGCCCAUAUCGUAUGAUGUCCUUUAGUCAAUGUUUUCCGACUGCUCUUGGAAGGGCUUCUUUGUUCCAGGAAUAUUUGAAAACAGAGGACAUAUCUUAUUGUAAUCUUGAAAGUGUACAUUACAUGUGUACAGCAUAUCUUGAAGUACACACAUCCAGAGAACUUGAUAUGAUUAUUCAAGUAAAUCCAGAAGAUGAAUGGACAAUUUUUUGUUGGGGAUUUCUUUUAUAGCACAUUUGUUUCAUUUAACUCCAAACACAAACUUAAUGCUAUUCAUAUCGAAUGGAUAGCAAACUAAUUAUGUGUAGUUUAUCUACAAUGCUUGCAGGUAUUUGACAUUCUGGGUUACGUCGAAGUGCCUGCGAUUACACAUUCAUAAUUCCAUUUUUAAUUACCAUUUUAUUUAUCACCUGAGCGGAAUUGUAAUUGUUACUUCGUUGUUGCUGGUUUUAAUCUGUAAGCUAUGUUUUGUUUGUUAACAUGUUGAAUAUGUUAUCAGGGGACUGUUACCAUGGAUACUAAUCUGUAGUUUUUACAUAGUACAGCUCAAUAUGUUAGUCAUUCCACUUUUCCUUUUAAUUGCAUUACCAGUAGAUUCUACAUGUAGAUUAUAGUGCAGUGUAAGACUUGGUUAAAUUUUCUAUGUUUGAAUUCAACAAUUACUUUUAAAAGCAGUUAACUUCAUACAUGAUUAUUUUAACUGAAUAUCAAAAGUAUGCAUAGACAAAAACAUAAUUGUUGGUUUUUUGGUUUUUGGUUUUUUUUUUUCAUUAUAAAAAAGCCUGUCCUCCACAUUCAUGAUUCUUUUUUCUGUGUUUCAAAAUGAUUUUUAGAUACCUGUUUGACAAUGUGUACAACAGAAAUGUUACAGUGAAAUCACAGUAUUGUAGUGAAAUUAACAUGUUAUUCCUUUCUGUUUCCAUUCCCUUGUGCAUUGUUUGGGACUCUGCAGUGUAGGCGAGCAUGAAACUCUUAUUGUUUGAGACUCUACAGUGUAGGCGAGCGUGAAACUCUUAUUGUUUGGGACUCUGCAGUGUAGGCAUGAAACUCUUGUUAUGGUAUGUUGUGAUGUGAAGAUUGACUGUGAUUUGUAACCUUCAGAAAUACAGUGAGGUAUGCUAGAAGUCAUUAGAAAGUUAUGUUUGAUAUUUGUAGAUAUUCUAUAGGUAUACAAUUAUAAACAUACAUUUUUGUUAAAGGAAUGAAUUAUUAUUAAAUCCAGUUUUCAGCAUGUGAAA